CGCGUCUUCUCUCCUCCACCACUCCCAUGCCUGCAGACUCCUCCAAGGCCGCCGCCGCUGCUGCUGCCGCCCGCCGCAGAAACAACCUUCGCAGGGACCAAGAAGACGUCAAAUACGACUCCACCCACGCGCGCGAGAUCGAGCUCAAGCGAAGCAGAGGCGAAAUCUCGUGCGCAGAAUGCCGCAGACUCAAGAUCCGCUGUGACAAGACAAUACCAUGUCAAUCAUGUCAGCGCCGGGGAUGCGCAGCACUAUGUCCAAACGGGAGCCUCGCCACCGGUCAGGGUACUCGCUUUGUUCUGGCUGCAACAGAGCACCUCCACCGGCGAAUAGCCAAAAUGAGCGAGCGCGUCCACCAACUCGAGGACGCGCUCGCUAUCAUCCAAGCCAAGUCCUCGAACGAGCCCCACCCACUGCUCUCCGAUGGCAAGACAAAGAAUCGAAAUAUUGAAGACGACGACGACUUCAUUACCACAGAUAAUAUGGAGACCGCCCCCUCCUCCGACGUCGUUACAGCCUUUGGCAUGCUAUCAAUGUCGGACCACGGCGUGUCGAGGUUCUUCGGGCCGACUGGCGGAACAGAAUAUCUUUUAUUCUCAGAUAACGAUGGCCCAUCAUCACCAAGCAAUGGCAGCAGGUCCCCGGAGUCAAUACGCGGCUCGAAGACCCCUCCAUUACCCGGCGAGAUCACGCGCUUCUCCAGCGCGUUCCCGUUCACGCCAAUGGGCGCGCCGCACAGCGUGUACGAGCUCAUCGAGAGCCACCUGCCGCCGUACGAACGCGCGUGCCAUCUUGCCGAGUCCUACGUCACACAUGCCGCCUGGCUGUUCCGGAGCGUGUCCCGCUCCCAGCUCUUCGACGAGAUGAUCCCGUACUUUUACAAGACGCCGCAGCCAGAAGACGCCCCGCCAUUAAGCCAGGAAUACAGCAGUCCACAUGAUCUCGCGCUGUUGCUCCUCUGUCUCGCCAUCGGCGCCCUUGUCGACCUCAAGCAACAGCCAUAUAACUCGGAGGCCGAGCACUAUAGCCAGCUUGCGCAGGCCGCACUCUCCCUCCAGUCGGCUCUUGCGAAUCCGACACUGGUGACGAUCCAGGCGCUACAUCUACAUAGCAUCUACAUCGCUAUGGCAGGCAACGAGCCGGGCGGGAACGACAACAACAUGGAGUUCUCCUGGGCGCUGGUAUCGCUUGCCGGUCAGCUGUCACAUACGAUUGGCCUUCACCGCGAUAGCGCGCGGUUUGGCUUCUCCGCAGAGAUCGUAGACAGGCGACGGGUCACGUUCUGGGACCUCUUUGUGGCCGACGCAUGGCAGAGCUUAAUGACUGGGCGUCCGCCUGUCAUACAGCGUGAUUAUAUCGACUGUAAGUUCCCGACACCCAUGAACCCUCCGGACGAGGAGGAAGGCGAGGAGCCUGAGGCAGCUUUCGAGACAUGGGGCUUCCGCUUCGCCCUGCAGUGUGUGUCGGAGGUUGCGUCAAAGACGCUGACCGCGGAAGCACCCUCUUACGAGACCAUUAUGGAGCUCGACCGCAAAGUGCGCGAAUUCCCGAUCCCGGCGGACGCAGUCGCGAUGCGCGAGGAGCUCGAGAGCCCCCCGGACAGCGAGCCGCUCCCGCUGCAGGAGAGCAUGAUCCGCUUCGUAUUGUCGCAUUCGCGCGAAGUCAUCCUGCUCUUCCUGCACCGCAGCUUCUUCGCACAGGCGAUAAUCGACUGCCCGCGGAAUCCGCUCCGGAGCGCGUACGCGCACUCGUUCCUUGCCGCAUAUCGCGCGUCCGGCACCAUCCUCAAGGUCGUGCGCGACCAGUUCACGCUGUACCCCGGCAUGUGCGCGCGCUUCUGGGUGAUCUGGACGUUCGCGUUCUCGUCGGCGGUCGUGUUUGCGACUGUGGUUACCCGCGGACCGCGAUCGGCGAUGGCCCCGCCCGCGCUGGCACAGCUUGACCAAGCGUACGAACUUUUCACACAGGCGUCGAAGCACAGUCGUCGCGCAGCGAAGGCGCUCCCUGUGCUGCUCCGGCUGCGUGAGAAGGCGCACUCCGCGUUCGCGGCGGCGCAGAACGAUCCCACGGGGAGCUCGAUGUACGACGGCGAGAUGUGGAAGUCGGAGAAGGACGAGGACGAGCUCGACAUCUUCGCGGGGCGCACUGCCGUCGUGUCCUCGAAGCGCGCCUCGCCCUCGCCAUCUGGCUCGCAGGGCCAAGCGAACAACGGGCUCUCCUCCACACACGGGGCGGGACGGGCAUCCAGCUCUCGGACUCGUGGGCGCUCCCGACGCACCCGCAGGCGUCGUCGUCCGCAGGCGGGCCGUCGCAUAUGUCCGCGUCGUUCUCCCAGCCGCCCCAGCGCCAUCCGUCGAUGCAUGGCCAGCCACAGCCGCCCCAGCACCCAUACCGCUCGCUGA